UAGGCCCGGGUGGGCAAAGGCGGGAAAGCGCGGCUGACAAAAAAAGCGUGAUGGCCGACUGGCGUAGUAGAUCCUGAGCAGCGGCCGUGCCCGGCCCCAUGGGAUCCUCUGGGUUGGGAUCGUAACCGUCGCGGGGAGAUGAGGGUGCAGAAAAUGUGACUUCCCAGCAAAAUGAAACCGGGUGGUUUGAAAAGCGGCAGCAAAGGACAGUUUCCCUGUGAUAUGCAAGAAAGAAGGGAAAAAAGCAACCCUCCCCUGAAAAGUGUAAAGAAAGAUUCUACAAAGCCCGAUAAACCAAAAUGCAAACCACUUACUGGGAAAGUGUUCUAUCUUGAUAUUCCAUCUAACACCCUCUCUGAUAAAAUUGCAAAAGAUCUUAAGGAACUAGGAGGGAGAGUUGAAGGAUUCCUCAGCAAAGACAUUAAUUACUUGAUCUCUAAUAAAAAAGAAGCAAAAUUUGCAGCCCUUGGACAAGUAUCUCCAGUCCCAAGCCCAGAAUCUGUAUGUAAUGGCGGGAACAGUUCACCUCAUCCAAGCAGUAGAAGAGACAGGACUGAUGGUAAUACAUUUAAGCUGGUGGACACGAUGCGCAUGAGUAGAGGAAAAUCUUUAGUGGAAAAGGCAAUCAAGGAUCAGGAAUUGAUCCCUUCUGGUAGUAUACUCUCAAAUGCCUUGAGUUGGGGAGUGAAAAUACUUCACAUUGAUGAUAUUAAGAACUAUAUUGAGCAAAAGAAAAAAGAUCUCUUUUUGGCUAAGAAAACAAGCACAGUCAACAAUGUGGAAAAAGGAUCAGCAGAUCAAAAAGUAAAAAGUAAAUUGAAAAAUCCUUUUCUGAAAGUAGAGGACAGAAGGUGUCGCUAUAGACCAUUUUACCUUCAACUGUCCAGCUUUCCUGUUGUCAACUAUUCUAUUCCAAGGCCUUGCAGCCCAUUUGAUGUAGAAAAGAAAAAUGCUCAUGGCCAGAAGCAAAUUCACAAUAAACAAAGAAACCCUACAAAUAGUGAUAGAGAAAAACGCCCGAAUCACGUUCCUCCAAAGCAUAAAAGGAGAAAAGGAUAUUGUGAAUGCUGUAUGAAGAAAUAUGAUGAUCUUCAUGCGCAUGUUGAAAGUGAACAACACCAGGCAUUUGCAAAGAGUUCUCAGUAUCAAGUAGUGGAUGAUAUCAUUUCCAAGUUUUCUUGUGACUUUUUAGAACUGAGAGAAAACACACCAAAAGUUAAAAGGCGCAAAUGUAAUGUUGGACAGUUUGCUCCUCUCAUUGGAACAAAAAAGGACGAAUUGAAAGAAAGACGGAUGAGAAGAGAUAUUCCAUUAAGAUGGUAUUCUCGGAAAAGCAUGGCAAUGGAAAUCUUGAAAGAAGAUUCUGAACACAUAGAUGGAUAUACUAAGUCUACACAAAACCAUUUUACCUCUGAACCUUCAUGUUCCGUUUGUUCCUAUCACACCUUCUGUUCUUCAGAAACAUCAAGAAAACUAAAUGGCAAUACUGAAAAAACCAGAAUUCCUAAAAAUUUAAACUUGAAAGAAUUAGUUUUAUCAACAAAUUCGGUACAGCUACAUCUCCCAAAAGAAAGUACAGCAUAUAUGAAAAACUUGCCAGAAAUUUAUGAACACUGUGAGCCACUAUCAAGACAGAAUACAUUGGGAUUGUCAGCAAACCUAAACUCGCUACAUACUCAGAUCCUAGCAUCUGAGUACAGUGAAAGAAAUAACACAUUAAAGUCAAAACGAAAAUUGAGUAAUGCAGUUCUUCUGCCAGCAAAAUGUUUGAAGAAAGUAGCUACUCAUUUACCAAUUGACAAAGAAUUUGUUGACUGUAAUAUGGCAAGCCAUUUUCCAAGAGAACUUUCAGUUGCUUUGGAGUCAGAAAAGCCAUCCCAUAGUCUUCUUGCAAACAAGGAUCCAAUUUUGUUGACAGACAUUAAUAUACAAAGCUCACCUUCAAUAAAACUCAACAAAAAAGUCAUACAUUCCCUAGGACGGAAUAAAAGUGGAAAUCAGAAACAAAAUAUGGAAUUAUGCUUACAGCAGGCAGAGAAGCCACCUGUUCUGGAAGAAACAAAUGAACAAAGCUCAUCAACCCAAGCUCUGUUACAGUUAUUUCAGACCAGUGAUGCAAAUUCAGAUUUUAGGGGGUUUUCAAGUAUUCAAGAGAACAAAGAUUCAAGUUUAAUGAAAAAUAGUUGGGAAGACCAGCAUACAGAUGCCCUCUGGUCUUUGUUUUCUACGUCUGUCUCCUCGUCACCAUUUACUGGAUUUUAAUGUUGCUUUAUUUAAAACAAUGGGUAUAGAAUAAACGUGCAAAUUGGAAAAAAA